UGGAUGGAGACUUGAGUGAAAAAAUCACGUGAUGGCGAUUGCUUUUCUUGCGUAUUGAGGUCAAAGCGACAGGAUACCUAUAAGAAAACCGCCAGGUGAGAGAAUGGCGUCAUUUCUGAGAAUAUUGCAGAAGAUAACCAUGUUCUCCAGCAAGCGGAAGAGAGGCAACGCCGCAAAGCAGACGAUCGUCGUGGAAAAGGCGCCAAAGUCUGUUUCUUCUGGGAAUCUUAACUCUAAUAAGAAGGAAUACUUUUCACUAGGACGAGGGAGAGUAGCUUUGAAUGGGACAAUAACAGAAAAGGAAUUUGAGAACCUUCAUCAUAGAAUCGACAAGCUGUUAGCGAAGCUGGACGACAGUGAAAUAGAUGGCAUACAAGCCGAAGAAGAAGAGUGUGUUGUCUGUCUCACUGCAAAGGCUACUAUGCAAACCUUCCCGUGCGGCCACAAGAUCGUCUGCAGGAAGUGUUUUAUCAAGACUAUCCAGGUGGCGCUUUCGCAGCGCUGUCUUCCGUUAAGGUGUGUAAUCUGCCGCACGGCCAUUCUUAAAGUCCGACAGACGGCCACUCACCAGAAAUCAAAGAAAUUAUGUCAAACUUCACAUGCCUCCAGGUUUCUUUGUCGCGCGAAGUCUAAGAAACCACCCUCUAAAGGAAAGUGAAGUAUGGCGGGAGGAUAUGACGUCACAAAGCUUCCAAAAUUCAUUGGUGUUUUUAUUGAGUUCAGUUUAAAAAUGCGACAUCAACCGCGUCAUAUCAA